AUGGGUUCCGACGACAUGGAUGCCUUUCGUGCGGAGCUCCUUCGACAAAAAAUUAUUUUUGAGGCCGAACUUCGCCGUCAAAGGGAAACCUUCGAGGAGCAGCUGGCAAGGAUGGCGCAGGAGCUAGCCGACAGGGAGGCGGACUGCCGCAACCUACAGGCUGUUGUUACGAUUUUGGGGAAGAAGGUAGACUCACUGCUCGAUAAACGCGCAGCAACGCCACAGCGCCGGUCGUCCCCGGCGCGGCCAGCGUCCUGCGCAGCGGGCGACGAUGCCGGUCGCGAAUCGGCACUGAAGCGUCACGCACCGCCGGUGCGGGUGCCUAGCCCGACUGCUCGCCGGUCCUCUCCGUUUCGACGCAACACGAAUUCCUCCUCCAACUUGCCGGGGACGACGACCUCGACCCUCCACGCGCCAAGCCUUAGCAACAUGGGCAGCUGCCAGAACAGCCCUGCACGUACUGCGAACGGCCUUAAUGGCCAGCGACCGAGGCUCGGGACUGAAAGCACCAUGGACCGUCACCUUGCUCGUAGAUCAAGCGCCACUCGUGUGCAGAAGUUGAAGGUAACGGAUGAUUGGUGA